AUGCAGGAUGGGAUCGUAGAAGUUGACGAGGAGGACGCUUUGGUAGAUACCACGAGUAACCUUUCCAUUAUCGAACACCUUCUGUUUAUUUUGACAUUGAAGGCACAAAUGGGACUUUUACUUCCGCCCUGGUUGUCGCUCUCAUACUCGUUUUCCUAUACUUUCUGUUAUUGCUCAUGAACUGGUUAGCCGCCGCCGCUGCCAAACGCGCCACCCGGGGUGAGAUAUUAUCAUUCAGAUCUUUACUUUCUAGGUACAAAUCGAACUCACGAUGAAGCCAUGCAGGAAGCUCGACGUCGCCUACAAGAAAGAUUUAACCAAACGAACCAGCGGCAGACUUCUGCGGAAAAUGCGCCAAGUAGCUCCAACGUCACUGACGGGGAAUCAGCUAAGGUUUCUACUGAUUUCAUUGUGUUAUAUCCUAGUAGCAAACUAUUUCGACACGAUAUCUAGUAGAUAUCUAAUUUCCGAGGUAUUUUUAUUUACCAGAUGUCGAUGUCUGCUGUCCAGCUAUCGACUAGAUAUCUACUUUCGAGAUACUCGAAAUCGGUGAAAACGACAAGUUAGGCACUGCGCACGCUGCGUUUACCUAAUCUUAUUAUUGUCUGUUUGCCUUAGUCAUCCCAAUCCCGUCUUACUUAGCCUUCUGCUGUUCGCGUUAUAACGCGUUUGACGGCCAAGUUCACGUUACUGUCUCAACGAUAAUAACUUGAUUGACCUAACAUAGCUAUUUUGAAGACACGGCAGUUGGAAGAAAAUUUUAUUGGAUCAAAUAAUUUUAAAAUAGUUUAAUACAUUGAUGGCGUUUGUAAGGAUAAAGGCCCAUCACUUGCUGAACAUCCGGGAUUGUUGUCUAUAGGGUAGGGUUAAUAUUAUAAAAUUAAAACCUGUUAGCCUGUCCAGUUUUUGUUGCCACCGUCCUUCUGCUGACGUUUGACGUAAUUAUCCAAGGAACUUUAUAGUCGCUUUGUGAACGCAGACCCCAGGUCCGAAAUCUUGGCAGCGCCAUUUAUGUUCCAAGCAGCGAAAACGUCUACAAAUGUAGAUAGUGGGACGCAUAAUUGCAUACUUACCAAUAUGACUUAUAAGUUGCGGAAUUACCGAGACUUUCCUUUAGUUUACGCCCCUUGAAGUUAACAUGAAGCGGAAUUUCAUCCUCUAACAGCGCAAAGAAUAUGCGCUUAACAAAGUCGUCCAGGUUGUUGCCGCCUAGACAGGUGAGGAAAGACACCUUAUGCUUUGUACAGUGAUAUAACGGAAAGCGUACAAGUUGACUUCUAAUUCCCGUGCCCAUUAACAAUGCGUUUAGCUGGCGGAAUUCCGCUGCCGUCCGCAUAGGCUUUUUGAACUGGUUUUGCGGCAGCGGUGUAGCCGCAGGCGCAGGUGGCCUUUGAUUAACCUUGGCUUCCAGUUCACGUAUACAACCGUGUAACUGGUGGUUACUGUCAAGGAUAACGUCUAGCUUUUUAGACAUUCUGGCCAUGUGGUGGAUUAGCAGGGCGACGGCCUUGUCCAAAUUUACAAGCCGGCCACUGGGCAGCGUUUCGUGCAAGAUUGUGGGAUAAGUCAGUCAAAAGAAAGUUUACUACCCUUGACCCGCAUCGACUCCCUUGAGAGAAGGGUGUCAUUGACGUCCUCCAUAUCAUAUUGGCUGUCGUUUAUCUCCUAGGAAUCGGAACAGCGUCAUGUCGUAUAACUUACAGUCGAAGAUAUGCCUUCUCCGUUGAAAUAAUACAACACCUCUUCCAGGACAGACUUGCGUUCCUGUGGAGGAUUUCUGCGAGAGGUUGUCAAGUCUGCUUGUAGAAAGUAUGCACUUUGUUUUCGACUGGCAAUAUUGAUAGAAUUAGCCAGUAAAUAAGUUUGGUUGGACAAGUUAACUCCUAUUGGCUCAUCUUUAUAUAAACGGGACUAAUAUCCGUGUGAUCACCCAGCACUCAGAACUCAAACAAGUGCUCAGACAAGGAAUUCAGUUAAUUUCGUGUCUACUGCGUAAAUGUUGACCACACAACGUAUCCCCUAGAGUCGCUUGGUCUCGAUGUUCCUGUAUCGGGUAGGUAAUUGGGAUAAUCCUGUCUCAUUCGUUGGUUUACGACAUGCUGAUUGAGUCCUGGAAUUUUUUCAGCGGUUUCCGAAUGAUUAGGUGAGCGUACAAGUCACACUUAUUGGGCUUUUUCUGCGAUACCCAUCUAAAUCCACACUACUCCAAGUCUGCCAACUUUAAUUUCCAUACAGGAAACGAGUGUGUAAGAGACCUCAGUCUUUUAUGAGUAUAUUUAGUUUUUAAAUAAGAAAGCGUCCCUUACAUGCUCCAUUGCCAACCUGGCGAAAACGGUUAUCCCUCCGUCGACAGCAAAAUCCACUCAGGUAGUAAUUACUACCUGAGGCUAUCUCAGGGCGAUGUACACAGCCCGAGGUCUGGACCAGAGUUUCCGAGAAAGAACGGACGACUGUUCACAAGUUGAUUGCCCCAAGCGAUCGGUCCAGUGCAGCUCUCCCCUUUGUAGUUUUGGUUUCCUGCUGUAACUACAAUUUUAAGGACAUAAGUAGGUAUUGAGCGAUUAGCUGGCUCCAAAUCUCGUAAGUCAGUGGUAUUCAGAUAAAUUGCGAGUUUUAUUUUCUGUUGAAGCUUGGAUCUAUGUGGGACGACUUCACUGAACUUAUUGUACUAUCUAAAAGUGUCACGUAUGAGCUAUUUCUGCACAAGUUGACGAUCGAUUUUCCCCUUUUCAUUACAUUACUAUAUGAACUUCUUUAUGCUUAGCAGUUGGGCCUUAGCGGUUGAUUUAUCCGUGAAUGACACUCGCAGUGGUUGGUUGGGGGUCCUCAAUACACGGACGACUGCUGCACUGAGCAGUGCUUUGUCACCGUCUGACGCUAUACUACUUAACACUACAUGCACGCGCUCUCGGUUUGCAAGAUUCCUUUUUUGCCGUCUGCGGCUUUGUGCUCCCGUACACGUAGGAGUAGAUAUUAAGGUAUUUGUAUUAUUUUGUAAGGACUGAGACGUAUUUAGAGCCUCGGUCAUUUUCACCGCCUGACUACAAUACGACGACUACUUUUAAUACCCAGAGACUCACGAAGCGUUACUUUUCCUUGCAGAUCUCAGAAGGAUCGCGACCCAAGCCAAAAGCGACAGCUGAUCUUCUUAAACAGAGUGGUGAGUGGAAGCACAGUGCUUUACAGACUGAGAUGCGUGAUUUAAGUUGGCAGCCUUCUCGGUGUUAGAUCUUUAGAGUGAUUUUUGAAGAUGCAGAGUUUAGUUGUCUGCAGUACCUUUUUGUUCGCCUUUGUUUGCAGGACAACUCAGUUUUCUAACGUCAAUGCACAUGGUGACUGCAUGCAGUUUCCGGAGUACAAAAGUAGUAAUUUUUGACAAAAAAUUAGCUACCUUUUGUGGGCGGUCGUCAUAAACAGCUUAGGCUUAUGCGAGUAGGCAGUUUCUGCUUAUCGAAUGGUGACUUUGAUCCCCUUUAAUUUUACAUUCUGAGAUUAAUGCCUUUUAAUAGAAUAAGGUGCCGCAAAGAGGAUAGGUGUGUUUAUGGUCUUGCGUUUCAAGGAGUGGGUUUGAUCAUAAAGCUUCAGAGACUGGGGCGUUCUGUGCAGAAUUCUCUCUAUAGUCCCUGAGGUGUGGAUGUAUGGGGUACGGACUACCAGACCGCACUUAGGGACGCCUACCGUCUAGUUUUAACUCUGACGAAGUCGACUUGGCGGACCGAAGAGACGAUCAAAUGGCAAGGCAUCUGCGUAACUGUCAGCCGGCAACACAGUUGACUGCCGCGUCAAUGUAGCCGCAGUGUGUGAUUUAACACCAUUAUCUGGGGAAAUACACGCUAAACGUGUGGCUGUCCAGUUUGCGAAUUACCUUCGUCGACAACAAGGGGUGGAAUAAGACCAUUAACGACUCAAUAGGGAUGCAUGGCGGAUCCACUGUCGCUACUGGCAAAACCGGAGGACAGGUACAAUGGGACGCUUAUCCAACCCGCUGUAUAGCGUAACCUGUGAACCGAGCACUCUGGUCUCAGAGCUUUGUAGUUGAAUUUUCCACUGCAAACGUCGGACCGCGAUCAAACUUUUCCGUGAACGUCUUUGACACGAUCGUUAUAUGGCCGGGGAAGCACAUUUCCUCUAUUAUCCGCAAAAUUAAGGUAUAUUUUUAUUCUCAAACAAUGUCUUAUCCACGUCUUAUUCACGUUAUUCGAUUUUCCAUCCCACAAGGGAGGUGGAAUCUCGUCAUCGCAGGUGUUCUAUAUUUUAUUUUUUAAACCCCUUGAAGGCUGUUGAAAUCACACCAUUAUGUACAGUGACUGGUAAUAAGGAACAGCCGAUUUUUUCUACCUUAAUUUCCGUUAAGUUCACCGAACAGCUCAGCGUUUUGCUUCUUGUCUACCAGGCACCCAUCUAACACGUGUGCCUAUGAUGAUAAAUUUGCUUUGAAGAGGACAUCUUACUGAUUGUCAACAAAGACAAGGGAGAAUAACAUGACAAUUUCUGGCUUACUGGCCGUCGUUGGUCAGCCAUACCCAACCCUAAGGUGUGCGAUCUCGAGGCUCGAACCCGCGAUCUGUUGGUUAGAAGUCCAGCGCCUAAUCUUAUUCUUUGUUUAUUUGAACGGUACUAACUCACAUUCACGAUCUCUCAUUUUAACAAUGCGGUAUUUACUGCUAUUGGUUCACAAAACGCUCCCUGAUUGCACCUCGUUAUAUGGUUCCUAUAUCCAUUUAGUACUUUCUCUGGCCCUGGAGGUUUCUUUUGGUUAGACAGUUUGUCGUUUUGUGGUUUGUACACGAGUCAUUUAUAACAAACGUCCGAGACCGGUAGUUUAAUUGCUGGGAGUGGACACUGCUGCCUGUGAAACCUCAUGGUUUUCUUUGCGUAUCACGUCUUCAGGAUACAAUCCAUUGAUGGGAGAUGACACCGACAAGGUUUGUUAUCGUUCAUCAAGAGGUCGCUCCGGUGGCGGAUGAGGUUAGUUUCACCGACCUGGUUGCCAACUGUUGCCAGACUGCGCUGUUGCUGCGGGCCUUUUUCUGAUCAAGCACGCUGAAUGACGCUGGUCGUCUAAGUGUUUUACACGAUGUCUAGCUGAUCUGACAGCUCAACUGUGCGCAGUGCAACCAUAACUAAAUGGAUACGUCAGCCUUUCAUCCCUUUCUGUUCUGCCUACCUACGUUCUCUUCUUCCCGUGAAUCACUAUUUUUGGGUGUGGUUCUUCGAAAAGUCUGUAAUUCAUCCAUUUCUUUUAUUGCACUAGAAAGCUAUUAAUCGUCAUUUUCCCACUCUGUCUCCGCGUUCUUUAUACGAAUUACAUCCUCGGCGUGUGGAUUUUGCCGUCAAUCAACCAUGCAGCACAGUACCACGACACACGUCAGAAAAGUUUUAUAUAUUGGAAAUCUGGUUAGGUGCUGACCAAAUAUCGUGCUUCGCAUCGUACAAGUUCAGAAAACAUUGCACAUGGUGUAGACUCGAACGGAGUUCAUAUAGCACGUUUUAAUUAGUUUGCGAUUUCAAAUGCGAGUAGAGACAUUGACUUGUGUUGCUGUUCAGAAUUUACGCUCACUAAAACGAGCACAUGCGCAUUGUGCAACUACAGUCUCUGUAGAUUCCUAGGUCCAAGUCUAGACGUUAGACCCGUUCUAUGUCAUAGAUCGUUUGUUUCAUCUCUGCUCUUCACCAAGAAUGACGGACAUCUGGACGUCCGUCUCUUAUCUCAGGAUGGCAGGAUAUGAGUCCAUUCUGUCAAAUGUACAGCAUUUCCGAUGAUCUCACGCCAUGGACCAUGGGCAUCAUCAAAUACGGUGGCAAUUAGAACGAUUUUGGUCAAUUUGUUGGAUUCCACUUAGAAACUCUCAGUAGCCCGUUUUUUUUUCGUGGGCACACUUCCCUCUCUCCACUCCCAGGUACCAUUCCACUGUCCAAGCCGGUCAGAUUUCCGGUUCCGGAAGUGGGUACAGUGACUGACAAAGUUAGAAAGACCGUCUGCGCGCCCCGCAUGCACGACCUGCCCCCCCCCCCCAAACGCAGCUCGGAUCCCACACGUUUGAAGAGUGCCACUAAGGAGUCUUUGCAGUCUGACUCUCAGUCAACCACACAAAUCACAAAUGCACAACUGGCCUGACUGUGUGGUUCGAGUUGGAGUGUCAGUUGACAACCUUCCAUGCCACGGCUUUCGGCGUACCGUGUUAGUCUCCAGCACGCCAGGUUGUUUGCACUGAGUCGACCUCACUCGCUCUACCCUAUCUCGUGCAUGAGUCGACUGCACGGGCCGGUCAGACAACUGGUGCCAAGAUUAGGAGACGUGGUUGAUAGGACUGAAAAUAGUCCAUCUGCCCGUGCCAUAUGUAGCCUGGCCCCCAUGCGCAUACACUAGGAUUUUAUACACACAAGGGGGAGUAGGACGCUCGGAUUUCACAUGCAGCAGAGGAGCCACAUGAGGAAAGGAGCCAAAAAACAAACGCCCCACUUACAUGGGAGGUGUCAAUGUUGUAGAGGUGUGUGCGUGGUACGUGUUGAUGAGGGAAUAUGUGGUGUGGUCUUUUCUGCGGUGCUUUGCCGUAGGUUUUCAUGAAGAUGCAUGUGACUGAAUAAGCCCAUACGAUGGCUGAAUGUGCGAGGGUAAUGCGGACAGUUAACGCGAUGGCGUCUGGCGUAUGUUGGCGCUUCAGGAACUGGUUUGUUAAUCUCUGUGCGAUGGAUUCGCCAGUGACUGAUUAAGCCGAUGCGUGGGGCGAACGUACAGUGAUAGUGUGAGCAGGGUAGGUUGGGGGAUAUCGGAUCAGUUGUCGUUGUGACGCUGCAAGUGCUGGGCGUGCUGUUCUAUGGGGAGCUGAUUGGGCUCGGGAUUGCAGGGUUGAUGGAUGUGCAAGAUGUGUUAGUUGUGUUUUUACAGUGAUUGUUACCGUUGUGGAUACGCAUGUGAACGAAUAGACCCGCGCGGUGUAUGAAUAUGCGGGCCAGUGAAGGCGGAUGAGGAGAGUGUAUGUGAUGGCUCUGGAAACCGGUGCGUCGGUCGCAAUGCGAUGUAUUCGCGAGUGACCGACAGGACCGAUGCAUGAGGUGAAUGUGCGAUUGCAAUGAGGACAGUUUAGAACCGAGUCUACAUGGCUGGAGGAGGGGGGAGGGGGAGACGGCCGGCGAGGUGUCGUGUUGUGACCCGUGGUGGGGUUGGGAGAGAUGAUCGUUAUUGCUACGGAAGUUGUGGCAGGGAUGGUGGUAGGCAGCGGGGCAUUGUGUUUGCCGGUGGUGAGGGUUGCCAUCGUCGUGGACGCCGUGGUGGUGGCGGCAGCAGGGGCGUUUGGAGAGGCAGCAGUUGGGGUUGUCAGACUGUUGGUGCAUUGAGUCUGGAGAUGUCUGACGAGGCCGGUCCGGGCGUGGAAUGUUCGUUGUCAUCGCGGGAAUGUUGGGAGGGGUUGGGAGUUGGCAUUGCGAGUCAGAGGCGCCUGAGACGGGCGAACGUCUCUUAGCUUUUUCAGCUACUAUCCAGUUAGCUCCAUGUAUGGCUGCUCCAGUCGUCUCUGCUCUUCAGGCCCGUCGAUUCUGUGCGACGUACUCCCUUGUCGUCGCGUUCAUUUGUAGCCACUUCAAGGUGUCGUAGCUGCGGACGACCUCUCCGUAAGUGAGUCGUUUUAGUAGGAGCUGGUCGUCCAUCCUUACGAGGUGGCCGCUCCGUCGGACUUUCAGUUGCCUAAACAUGGCGUAUAUGCUGACGAUUCGAAUGCGUUCCAAGACCCGUGUCUCGAAUCCUGUCCUUCCAGCUCAGCCUCGGUAUCCGUAAGAGGCAACCAAGGCGGAAGUUGUUGAGUUUCCGCGCUUACUUCUCGUAGACUGCCCAGGUCUACGCACCAUACAGCAACGUUGUUAAGAUGACAGAUAUGUACAUCUUAAGUUUAGCGUUAAGUUGGAGACCGUGGCUAUUCCAUGCGAUUUCUGUAGCCGACCGAAGACUUGAAUGGUUUUAGAAAUGCGGUGGGUCGCUUCGUCGUCGAUUUGGAUGCAGUUUCAGAGUAUACCGUCUAAGAAGCCAAGUUAUCCACGGUCUUCAGUUGGGAGCCGUGGACGUGGAUGCGCCGAGCACCGUAUGCAGCACUGGGAGGCGGUUGAUGCAUGGUCACCGCAGGAUUUUCCAAAGUCCAUCGCGUCUCGUCGUGUUGGAGACUUUCGCCAAGUCCACAAAAGUAGUUUGGAGGUGGGUUCAAGUUUCCUGACAUUUGGCUUGCAGCUGGUUGGUAGUGAAGAUAAUGUCGGUGGUUCAGCGGAGGCAUCGAACGCACAAUGACCCUCCGGCAGAGGUCCCUGUUAGGGCUGGCCGUUGAGGCGGUUGAGGAUGCGAGCGAAGAUCGUAUCGGCGCUGUUUAGCAGCGCGAUCCCUUUUUAGUUAUUACAGAGUUGCUAGUUCCCUCCCCGCUUGUCAAGAUGGACGAUUGUCAAAUGCUUGAAUUCCGAAUAACUUAUUCUCGGCGUCAAGUCUUCUGUAAUGACAUAAGUCGAUCCAUCGCCCGGGGCCGCCCUGCCUGUGGAUUUCGGCCGGCACUGCGUCAACCCUGGUGCUUUCCCGCUGGGGAGUUGGUGCACGACCAGGUUGUUUCUGGGAGAGAAGGCGGAAGAUCCAGUUUGUCGUUCGUCUCCACUUGGGGUUUUCGGUCGAUCGCGGCUUCGGAGAUUGUGGAUGGGCGGUCGAGAAUGUUUCUGAAGUGCUCGGCCUAGCGCUUCAGGAUCUGCGAUUUCUCCGCCAGAAGUGUUGUUCCAUCGAAGCUGAGAAGCGGCACGGUUCCUUUGAUUGUGGAGCCGUAGAUCGCCUUGAUCACAGCAAAGAAGUUCUUUGUUUCAUUGCGGUCGGUAAACCUCUGAACGUCUUCGGCCUUGGGAGUCGUCCAGGCGUCCUGCAUCUCCUUCAGCCCUGGUUUUUGUUGCUUGAGAGUCUAGAAAGACUGGUUGUCUUACGAACGGUAGGUCUAGGAUAACUUCUACAAAGGCCGAGUUACUCUUAUAAACUUAGACAUUAAUUGCAUAAUGGUCUCAAUCUGUUGCAGUUGCAAUGGUCUCAAUCUGUUGUCUGAAGGUUCUCAGUUAUGUGAGCUCCUUAGACCUUGUAAUGAUUGUGGCUCACUGCGAUUGACAACCUUGUGGAGAUUCUUGGGUGCUGAGGUCACUGACGUAUAGAGACAUGGGGAAUGUAGAAGUUUACGGCCCAAGCAUCACAUGUGGCAAAGAGGAUGCACACGGAGUGAGCGUUGCUCCCCCCACUAUCAGCUCACAAGGCGGACUCCUAAGUCCCCCGGCCAUCGCUGCCUUCGAGCGAACUCCGCAAAAUAUUAGAUAUAUUAACGCCUUGCCCAGCAGAUACAUCGGGUUGGCCAGCAAGAGUGCACACUAGAAGCACAAUGUAGACUAGUGUCAGUUGGUUGUAGGCAAGCAGGUUCUAGCAAAUGCAAAACUCCAGAAACAGCUCAUAGUAGGACCGGCGAGUUCGCGUUGAUCGCACAGGACUGUUCCAAAUAUCGAUGGUGCGUGUUGGUCUGCGCUAUGUAAGCUUUGUAGCGAUCUCAGGUUAAACAUUGCAUUCUUGGGCUCGAAUACAAAUCUACCCAUUGUCUUGUCGCAAAAGUAUGAUAGAUUUAGGCAAGUUGAUGAAGUCAAUAGCAGUCAACAGAUCAUAUGGGAGCUGACAGAGUUAACUAAGAACUACCCACUAAUAGAAUGUUCAACGACAGCCAAAAAAGGAAAAGGAAUUACAAACUACUGGCUUCAGGAAUGCAAAGUGUUAGGAGAGGAGGGAAACGACCACUUGAACAAACAGCCCCCCCCAAGUGCAGUAGUAGAUGAAACAUGGAAGUUGCAAACUAGAUUGAAAAGUGAGUGAUAGCGCGCACUCAUUAUUGAUAACCAUUCAGCUGAAUAACAGUGAUCAGUCCACUGACAGAUUCCUAGCUGUCCGACCUCCAUAGAAAAAGGCGGCCAAAUUCCGAGUGGAAAGACUUGCACAUACACUGAAACCUCGAGAGAAACCACAAGAAAGAAAGUAAGGUAGGAUCUUAAAUCGUCCCAGGAGAGUUGAGAACAGGUGAUCAUCGUCUAAGGGAAGGGGACUGCGGAGAAGCAGGCAGAUGACUAGGAGAUUCAGACAACUGAGAUUUUGCCAAGGGAAGAAAAUAAGCCAAAGUGGACUGGUGAUUUAAGACGGGACGACAGAAUUCGCAGGACUUCGAUAUGCUCGGGAAAAAGGACUUGCCGACGCAGAAAAGCGCAGCUUGUCUGAGCAGUCGAAAUGAACCGCAAUUGACCGAGCAGACACAGUCGCGGAGAAUUUGAAAAACCUUUACAUGGAUACAAAAAAUAGAGACAGUAUGGCCACAGACGCUGCGCCUUUAAUUGAAGAAAAGAUCCCUAAAGUUGAUGGCAGCCACAGCAGCGUCAUGAAAAGUGCGCCACCACAUAACAAGGACAGGGUGCUCCGAGGGCAGUGCUUCGUAAUAUAGGGACUUCAAGAGACGAAUGCACACACUCUAUUUUCAAAUUUUUGAUAUAAUUCGCUUCCUUGUAACAAAUAGGGAGUUCAAAAGUACAACACCUAUGCUCCCCUCAAAUAAACUGAAACUGAAAACUAAGGAACGCGUUUUGGUAACCCCGACUUGUUCCAAGGCCCUCUAAACCCAAUGCUUCAAAUCCAAGAAAAAGUUAUAAUAUUGAAAACCUUCAAGUUCGGAAAGAGCACUGCUGAAUCCUCCACUCCACUGCAUCUAGAGCCCUCUGGGAUUGCUCUGAGUUGCAAAGAGCAGGUUGAUUUUAUUCACUCAGGACGCUUUCAACGAAAAUAUUUAAAUCGGGGUUUUUUCCCAGCCUGCUUAGGCAUCGACGUAGCGUCUAAAACGUCAGCAGUUAGUUUAGGAGCUCAGACUGCGACUGGGAGGCGGAGAACAAAACCUGUUUAUGUACAACAACCGGAUAAUCGAGCGGCCGUCGCGGUUUACAUGGACGCAUCCUGUGCGUACGUGGCCACAAAUGAAGCAAUUGUUUCAGUUGUGGCCACCGAUCCGGCUUGCGACAAAAAAACUAGAUUUUAUAUAUACCGAUGGCCAACGUCUGCUAUCUAAAGUAUAUGAAAGUAAUAUUUACGUUAGGGUAGGGUGAUUGCAUACUAACAGCACAGGCACUAGCCAAAAGCCCAUACACGCGUGUUUCACCGAUAUUCUGCCGCUGAAUGACACAGCUGCGAGGGGUUCGGCUUGUCAGAGGGCCCUCAACAUGCCCUCUCUGCGUGUGCAAACUUUGUCAUACGUCAUCUGCAUAACUGAAAGGUGAUUGUUCACGGAAGAAGAAAAUUGUGAAGCCAGACUCAGGUUUCCAAGUAUUGAUAAAUGAUAGAGCGGAGCGUCCAGGUCGGGGCAUGCCCGCUUAUGUCAAGCAUGGUCUGCUAAUGUCAGAAAAAACGGGAAAGAUCUCACGCAAAACCGAAGAAAUUUGACUCAUCAUUAGAACGCCGGGGUCACAAGCUCACGACAUCCUGAUGAUCUACCGAUCACCAAGGAACGACCUGCAGUCAGAAAGCAGUCUGAUAGGGGGAAUUAGAAGCGUGUGCUAGCCGAUCCGAUGUCAUGAUCAAGGGCGACCUAACGCUUCGAAUAUCAGCUGGGAUCCGAGUUCUGUCCCAGGCUCAGAAUUAAAGUCUGGUUGUCGUCUCCUACAAGCAAUGCAAAAACCUUCCCUCAUUCAACACGUAUUAUCACCAACCGGACUACCUGAAAGCCAAAAAGAACUGCUUGGACAUCCUACUGACAACAGCGUCGAUAUCGUAAACUGUCUACUCACUAUCAGUAAAAUGGACCACGUAGUCCUACAGAGGGGUAUUCAUUCUUCGCCAAAUCUGAUCGAAGCAACACGACCAGACGCAACCUAUGGCGUGGAAAUUUCAACCAAAUGCAAACUGACAUGCGCUGUAUAGACCGGAACACAGCAUUUACUGGGUAUAUUCUAUAGGACAGGUUGGAAUCUAGGGCCUUAUUACAUGGACUAAUUGCCAACAGGUCCGGCUAUCUAGUGACCAGACUGAAGAUAGAAGAAAACCUCAAGCGAAAGCUGUGGAAAAUUUGUCUCAUGGAGAGGACCAUGGAGUUAAUGAAUAAGUACCAGGCGCAAGGAAAUGGGGCAAAGGGUGUAACUUUGGGCGAAAUUCUGGGCGGACGAACGUUUAAGCAAAAAAUUAACGAUCGGUCGGGGUCAACGACAACAAACGAACAUCAGGCAGGAGAGCAGAACGAGAGAACAAUAAGGAGACAAAUUAGCCGACAUGCGUUUAUUGCUAAUAGCUUAUUCGCAAGCCCCACGCAAAAGUCCCUGACCCAUCCAAACAUCCGGUUCGUCCGGUUUCGCAUCAGUGCGGUCCGCCAGGGCGUUCACUGAGGGUUUCCCUGAAGAGAGAGAAAUCGGAUGCAUCCAGAGCAUCAAAAAACGUUCUGCGCCGUUGCAUUUCUCCCCCUCAGAGUAAACACUGUCCCCAGUGUUUCUAAAUCGUUUGUUACAAGGAGGUCGAAUCAGGGAUUUUAACCGUCCGUGCUGCGGGUGGAAGGGGAUCAGGGAAGACAGGGAAAAGGGAAGACCCGGGGGUUGUUGUAUGACAGGGAGCCGGCUUAAUCUGCUUAUAAUGGACGGUGAGACAUCGGCGGAUGGUCUUUACGGGUCUUGAAGCACAGACGUGUUGGCGGAGGGUUGGUAGACGAUAGUCUACGGGCCUUGCUAUGACCGGUGAAACUUGGUCGCCGCUCCGAUGGGUGGUCGGGGUCUAAACGGCAACACAGAAUCACUAACACGAUAAUCUGGCCGGCUGUGUGUCGGUCUUAGCAAGCUUUCCGGUGUUGUUGUGCUGCUUGAAUGUUAUCGGCAGCGAGCCUGUAAGCUACGACAAGUCUUGCUUUGAGAGCUCGGGUGCACUCUCCCAUACUAAUGGCCUCGGCGGGAAUAAGUGGGAAGUGCAUAUCUAAAGGAAAGCGCCGCUCGUGGCCAAGUUGAAGGAGUGAAGGAGAAAACCCGGUCGAGUCGUGGACGGCGGUCCGAUAGGCUAACAGACAGUGGGGCCAAGGUGAACGAAUGUGGACACUAUUUUCUCGAUCGUUCUAUUUGUUCUCCCGACCAGUCCGUUCGCCUCAGGGUGAUAGGACGUGGUUCUCGUCUUUAUCUGGAGCAUGGAGCACAGCUCCGCCAAGAGAUGAUUUUCGAACGCCGUGCUCCGGUGAGAGUGUAUUAUCGUGGGUGCCCCAUAGCGGAUAAUCCACUCGUUGAUUAUGACCGUUGCUACUGGCUUUGCGUCCUGGUUUUGUAGUGGUAUCGCUUCGCGCCACUUAGCAAAGUUGUAAGUAAUACGCCAGUCUAUUGCAGUAGAAUUAGAAGGAACAAAGUAGUCGCAAGUAUGCUGCGUGACGAUAACUUGAUAUUGAAAGUUGUAAAGGUUCAUUGGUGCGUUAAAAGAAAACGCUUCUUUAUGUCACUACAAUACUCCCCCUCCCAGGAAAACAGUGUUUGAAUUUGAAAAAAGGGUCUGAAUUAGAGAAGUGUCAGGCAUAACGUACGAGUUGGUAACGAUCCGGGAAACUGACACGACAACCGCUGCGCCUAGGGGGUGGAAUCGGGAGGGGAGGAGAAUGCACAGGGUUAUCAGGUGGAAGCGGAGGCGGGAAGAUCGAAGAAGGACUUGUGGCAGGUGAAGAAGUCUGUUCUGUUGGGGUAGGCGAACGAAGGUCGAUAUGGUCCACCUUCAACCGAUCGAUCGAUACCGCUUCGGUGUGAUCGCCACGGGCGAUUUUGAAAUGCCUGUCCGUCUGCGACAGGACUCAAAAUGGUCCGUCGUAGGGUCGUUGUGGGGGCGCACGUAUGCUAUCUACGUGGGCAAAUACAAAAGAACACGUUAUCAAGUUAGGGUCAAUAUAUGACUAACUUGCUGGCGCGUGUGGGGGUAUGGCCCGGAGGUUAACCAUUGAUUGGCGCAAUCGUUGGACAUAAUCGGUUGCAUUCAGAUCGGCAAAGCUUUGGUAUGGCCCGAAAAUAUCGCCGGGAAUCCGUAGGGUAGUUCUACAAACAAGUUCGGCAGUGGAGAACUUCAGUUCGGGUUUUAGCGAGGUGCGGAUGUCGAGCAUGGUCAAAGGGAAAUGCUCAUUCCAAUGAGUGGGUUUAUCAUAGGCCCGGAGCGAAGUCUUGAGCUGACGGCUGAAAUGCUCACCUUGACCGUUGCAUGAGGGAUGGUAAUCUGUCGUACGUAUGCGAGAGCACCCUUGGAGGUCUGUAAGGGCCUUAAAAUUCUAGAUUCAAAUUGCUGGACUCGGUCGGUUGUAAUAGCAGUGCGGACACCAUAAUGGGAAAUCCAGUGUUCCAAAAAGGCACAAGCGAAGUAUCUGUAGCGAUGUUUGGAAUUAGAGUUGCGAUGGUCCAUCGCGUAAUUCGAUCAAUGGCAGUGAGCAAAUAGUUGCGACCACGGGACGUUGGAAAAGGACCCACGAGAUCUACGUGCACAUGCGCAAAACGUGCAUCGGGUUCAAAAAAGGUCCCAAUUGGAGCUUUGUUGUGAGGUCCGAUUUCGGUUUUCUGACAGGCCAAAUAUUGGCGAGUACACUGGCGGAUAGCAGUGUUCGUUCUGGGCCAGAUGAACCGGUCACUGACGAGGCUCUAAGUAGCCCGGAUGCCAGGGUGGGCGAGAUUGUGUAACAUGGUGAAAAAAUCUCGCCGCAUCUCACUUGGUACUGUUGGGCAAGAGGAACCGCGAGACACAUCGCAAAAGACUGUACUGGAGGUGGCGAAAAGAGGGAUGGCUUUAGGUUGAAGGCUAGUAUGCGCUAGUUGUUCAGAAGAAUUCGGUUGUUGCUGCAGCUCGGCCAUGCGCUCCAGAUCGAUGGAGGGGCUGGUGAUGGCAUUAAUUCCAGGUCGGGAUAGACAGUCGGCAACCUGAUUAAAGGGUCCUUUGAGGAAUAGAAUAUUUGUGGCAUACUGGGCGAAAAAAUCAAGAUGGCGGGCCUCACGGGCCGAAUACUUGUCAGAGGGAGCAUAAAUAAGGGGUCUGUGGUCAAUGUUAAUGCAAAAGUCUCUGCCUGCAACAAAGUUACAAAAAUUCUUAAUGGCGAGAUAAAUUGCAAGGAGUUCUCUGCCAAAUGUGCCAUAACGAGUUUGGGGGGUGUCGGCUUAGCAGUUUAGAAGGAUAGUGUUUGUAUGUCCGUUGGAGUCUAUUGCUGGAGGGCUGCACAUCUGGCUCAAUUGGAGGCGUCAGCAACAAUGGACAGCGGAGAUCAGUUAGAGGGUGAGAAAGAGCAGUUGCAUCCGCAAGGGUCUCUUUGACACGUUGGAAAUCGUCCAUAGCUGUGUCAGGAAAAGAAUAUUCGCGGUUGUUGCCCCAUAAAAUAUUUUUGAGGGGUAACACUAGUUGAGCAUCAUGAGGGAAGAAACGUCGGUAAAAAUUGACAAGACAAAUGAAACGGCGCAGUUGUCGGAAAGAAGUGGGAGCAGGGAACUCGCGAAUAGCUGAAAAUUAAGCGUCUAUGGGAUGCGAACCAAAAGCAUCUACGCGAUCUCCUAGGAACAAGAUCGAGGGAACGUCAAAAACGCUUUUGGAGGCCUUGAUAAAAACGCCAAAUUGGCUCAACCGCUCAAAAAUUAGACGUAGGUGUUGUAGGCGUUGCUGCUUCCUGUAACUUGCAACUAAGGGAUCAUCGAUAGGAACAAAAACGAAAGGCAAGUCGCGGAAGACCUCGGUAAUUAAAUGUUGAAAUGUUUGGGUGGAGUUAUGGAGUGCAAAAGGCAUUCCGACGAACUCGAAAUGAAUAAUGAAGCUGUAAUUGCCGUUUUUGGGAGGUCUUCUGGAGUGGUGGAGAUUUGGUGGGAGGCUUUUACUGGGUCAAUGCUUGAAAGUAUUGUUGCUUCGGCUAGGCUAUAGGAAAAGUCAUGGAGGUAGGGAAGUGGAUAUAUGUCAGGGACAGUGCAGUUAUUUAGUCGUCAGUAAUCACCACUCUGACGCCAGUCCAUGAGAGACGUUUUGCAAACCAUGUGUAGAAGGACGGCCAAUAGACUAUUGGAGGGUCGAACUUGGCCAAGUUCCAUCAUAUGGCUGAAUUCAGCCUUGGCGGUAGCUAACUUGCCAGCCGCUAAACGACGAGGACGGCUAAAUACCGGUGGUUCCGUAGUCAAAAUAUAAUAAAAUAAGGUAAGACAAACAAUUUUUCUUCAAGACCCGUAGGGGUCCGGUCAUAGCAAGAAAGAAAAAAUUCUUACAUGAAUUUUAGAACACGUAAACAGAAUCCAUACAAUACUUAAUUCAUAGAUAUUUAAUAAGUAGUCUAUUUCGAAGAAUGAUGAGCGAGCAGUGAAAAACUCUUAACAUAUAAACAAAAUAAAUGUGACAGGAUUAACGUUGUAGGUGAAGAAAAAACUGUCGCCCAUGAAAGGAUAAAAAGCGGGCAGGACCGGCCUGCAUGUGGCAGUGUAUGGCGGAUUCCAUGAAGAGGUAACUAUGCGGGUCAGACAGGACUGGCCUACAUGCGGUAUUGAGUAGGAGGUUCGAAACGAACAUCAUCAAGAAAGAAUUCAUAUGCCGGAUAAGACCAUUCACGUCAAAGCUGCGGGACGAGUAGAACCCAGACGCGAUCAGACACAAUCCCCCUCGAGUCUAGCUUAGGGGUGGGGGGGGGGGCAAGGGAGAUGCGACAAAACUACUAGUAGGUGGCGAAUACAAAGGGCUCCGCUAAGAGCUUCGACAGAGUUCUUGGGGUCGAAAUGAUGAGAUGAGCUUAAGAACAGCAAAAUUCAAAAAUUGGGGGUGAGGUUUCGAAAUCGCGAGAGCCAGGGUGGAAUUAUGAUGAGUGUCGGCAAUCAGCGAGACUAAGGCGGCUAAGAGCGUGCAUGUCAACCUAGCCAAGCUACUUCUCUAGGAGGAUUUGUCAGGAAGGAUAUCACAUUAUGUGAGAGGCACGAUGCAGGAACUGAAAAAUCGAAGAAAAUAAAAUAUCUGAUGAGGGAGCCUAGGAAGCGAACCUACACACAAAAGAAGGAAAUUGGAGCGGAUACGAAAUUUAAUGGCGGCGUCCUAGAUUUCCGGUGGCUCUUUCUCAGUGUCAUGGAGAAAGUUGCCCGGGGAAGGAUGAGGAAAAUAAAAGUUUAAUCGAGUCAGUAUUUAGAUAAAGGUGUAACCUUCUGUUAAAGUGUGUAGAUUAUCUGAACAUCUUAUAUUUAUCGGAAGGUUAUUAUAGAGGAAAGUAUACCUGGAAGCAAAGCAAAGAGAGCGCUUAGAGGUAGAAUAAGCGAUUGAAGGUAUAAUCGAAGAAGAAUUGUGAGGAUUGAAUGGGAGACUACUGGUGGUAAUUGCUGGAAUUCGAGGAGGAUUUGAACUAUUAUUAAUGCUAAUGUAGAGACAGAAGUCUGCUCCGAGUUUUCCCACCCAUAAAAAAUUUAGGCUAGUUAUGUGGCGUUUACCUGAGUACGGAAUAUUUGGAUGUUUCCUACCUAAUAGUCUUCUAGUAAAAUGUCUUUGAACAUUGUAACUUUUUGAACGACUAGCCUCGUUCAUCAAACCAAAGAAUAUGCAACAAGACUCGAGAAUGGUGAGUACAAACACCCAUUAGAGUCUUAAUUUAAUUACAGGAAGAUAGAAGUUGUAAGUGCAGCGUAUCCUGCCCGGGCCGUCAGGACAUCAUGCCACAAACGCGUGACAAGCCUGUUCACACCGUCUUUGUGCUGAUUGGCCACCCAUCAGCUUAUGACAGUCCCCCUUGCCAUAUACCCGGCCGCUUCCACAAGCCUUCCCACUUGUGCUGUCUAUCGUACUCAGUACACGUCCUAUUUCCAAUUAGCCUUCUGUUUUGCUUACAUAACAUUGGCGAUGCAGCCUAACGAACAUGUCUUCAUUGCUGCCUACACCGCUAUAUUUUUGGCCAAAGAACACCCCGAAGCCCUCAAAUGAAUCGUGGUUGCAAUGGAGGAAGACAUUUGAGGAUUAUAUUGAACUACUCCCGAUUUUGUCACCCACGAUUGUACUAGACGUCCCAUCUAAGUUGAAACUCCUCCGGACGAAUCUCGGAGAGUUGGGACAACGAUAUUUCGAUGCCCUCAAUCUACAAAAGGCUAUAGAUCUCCAAACAACCUUCUCAAAACUCGACUCAGCGUGGGGAGGAAAGGACAACGUCUUUCUCAGUCGCUAUCAGUUUUUACAAAUGCGUCAAGAAUCCAAUCAAUGCGUCAGUGAUUUUAUUACUAAUCUGACUCUGGCCAUUCAGGACUGUGGGUAUAAAGAGAUCAAGGCAGACAACUUCGAGCACGCAAUGCUCGUUCAGCAGUUGAUCUUCGGCCUGCGCGAUGAAAAAGCUCGGGAAAAUCUCUUAUCAGAGAAGAAGGAUUUGUCAUGGGAGAAAGCCUGUGAUAUUGCCAGUAAUCAGGAGCGCAUUGCGGCAAAACCUUCAGCAGCUGAAUCAGUCAAACGAUAG